AUGUACCUCCAGCAUGAUGGUCACCGACUUUUAGCAGUAAAGUCGGAUGGAGACUUAACCUGGAGGGUCAAGGUGGUCUAUACCCCACUUACGAGCGGGAUAGCCUGCGGGUUUGUCGCAUGGCUAUUCUUUGCCUGCGUUCCACUCUUGGUCAAACGGGCUCGCGCGGCAGACGACCUCAAGAGCCGGAGAUGGCUACGGUUCUACGUGGUCUACGUGACUUGCAUGCUCGUUCUUGGGAUGCUCUGCUCCGUCGGCUUCACAGUGUCCUCCGUCACGUACUACUGCGCCAGCUACACUGCCUACAUUUCGGGAACUCCUAUUGCUUCUAGUGCGCGCUAUACACAAAUGGCCAACGCUCUCAUUGAUGUGUCGGCUUGGCUCAGCGCUCUUAUGAGCGACGCCCUCCUGGUUUGGCGGUGCUGCAUGCUUUACAAUGGGCAGCUCCGAGCCGGAUAUGUAAAAGCGGGGCUAGGAGUCUUCUUCACUUCGACUUACACCCUUGGCAUGCUGUCCAUGUUUAUGUAUGCCCUGCCAGAGGCCCAGCACCUUUCUCAACAAAAAUGGGCUACCGUCGUGUCGCGGUGGUACUACACUAGCUCUGCCGUUUUAAACGUGACGGCUACGUCCCUUAUGGUCACCCGAGUUCGUUCAGAGCAAAGCUUAUUCCGAGGCAUGAUGGGGGCGCGACUGAACCAUACCGGAAUCGUUGCCAUGAUGAUCGAGUCCUGUGCCCUGUUUACAGCGGCCGCGACGGUCUAUCUAAUGCUCUGUUUCGUGGACUCUCCUUUCCGUGUUAUGGCAGUAGCCAUCCUGUGUGAAACUCAGGUCAGCCCUCCAUAUACGCUUUUGCAAGCUCAAGUGGCCUGA